AUGGACGACUCAAAACCUCGACUGAAUCUGGAUGCGGCGGGCAUCUUCUGGGUAUCAUGGUGCGGCGUGUGGACUUUGCUUGUGGGUGCUGGGAUGGGUUUCCUGUGGUAUCGUCGCGACACGCCAUUGCUAAGGAUCCGCGGCCUCAACCUGUCCUUUGCCGCCAUCGGCUUCCUUCACACAUACUGGAUGGCUGUCCAGAUGGCCUACAUCGCGGACCCUUUCCCGGCGCAGGCAGAGUACUGGAUCAUGGGGAUUUAUCUUCCGUUCGGCAUCGCGCUCUUCCACGCUUCGAAUACACGGUUUCUCUACAUCGCUAAGCAACAAAGGAGGAGGUUCGUUCGCAAAAGCUAUCCGAUUGGGAAACCGACACCGACGACCGUAUGGGGCCGAAUUCAACAGCUGGACCAUACGCAGAAAAUGCUUUGGAUCAUCGGCAUGGGAAUGGUGCUGCAGCUUAUCCUCACUAUCGUCAUGUACCUUCUAUCACGUAAAUUCCAUCCGUCUUUUGGUGUGGGGGGCACCGAGGUGGGAGGCAGUCCUUGGGACGUCAAUCAUCAACAAGCGAGGGGUUGGGAAUGGUGGCCCUCGAUUAUCUGGCAAUUCUUCUGGUCAUGGAUAGUGGCUCCCAUAGUCCUCUGGCGAGCAAGACGCAUACACGAUACCCUGGGAUGGAGGACCCAGACUCUUGCUUGCUGCCUCGCAGGCCUUCCUGCAACACCGAUGUGGCUCAUAGCGCUUUACGUGCCUGGGAUGUCUCGCGUCAACAGAUAUUGGAUAGCUCCACAGUGGAUUGCGCUCUCGAUCAUGUUCCUCGAGAUAUUCUCCAUCUUCCUCCCCUGUUGGCAGGUGUGGAGACAUCGAUCAUUACGCCAAGAGACCAUUGACAUGAUCACCGCCUGGGAGUCUAAAACCCACAAUCACAAUGGUGAACGCUCCUCAACAAUAGGUGCUACCAGCAUCCUGGGAGGGAGCCCUUCCCAGAAAUCAUGGAAGGCGAUAUCCACAGUUGAAAAGGCCAGUACGGUCGAUUCAGUGGGUACUGCUUACUCAGGAGAAAGUAUGCUAAGCAUGGGUGCCCUGGAGUAUGUGCUGGAGCACAACCCGGACCCACUCCGACAAUUUUCGGCCCUGAAAGACUUCUCAGGGGAGAACGUCGCAUUCCUGACGGCAGUUGCCGAGUGGAAGAAUCGGUACCGGGCCAUUGGUAAAGGCGAAGCAGCACGGGAUGCAUACAACAAGGCUCUGCACAUCUACGCCGAGUUCAUUGGCCCCAAGGACGCCGAGUUCCCCAUCAACAUUUCAUUUCAAGUCAGGGUCGUCCUCGAGGCGAUGUUCGAAAAGGCUGCGAGGGUCUUGUAUGGAAACAAGGGCUUGGCCAGCCCGGCCACGCCAUUUGCGCCGGGUACAGACUGGCCGAGGAACGCGGCCCGGCGCCCCUCACACGCUUCCGAGAGGCCUAUCAUCGGGUCGAGGUCGAACAGCAACGUCGACGUUGACGUCGAGCUGCGGGCAAUGACGGAUCGGAUCGCGUAUUGUGGAGACAUACCCACGACGUUCGAUGCCACCGUUUUUGACAAGGCUGAGACCAGCAUUAAAUACCUGGUUCUGACCAACACGUGGCCAAAGUUUCCAAGGCUAAGGCGCAUAAUCCGUCAGCUUGACGGCAAAGCUGCGCGUGUCGCAGGUCGCAGCCGCAAAGUAAAGCCAAACACGCGACCACAAGCAUCUGAGCAGGAGUGCGAAGAGACAAGCCCGGCCUGUCGCAAGACGGGCAUCCUGGAUCUGCCCCCAGAAUUGCGAGUAAUUAUCACUCGGAACCUUAUCCAUUCGAAAAACGGACCAGAGGUGUAUGUGGGUUUGGGGAGUCGCGUUUCGUCUGACAUUAUCGACUUCUCGUCCUUCAAGAGCCCGGUCACCAAGACUACCGAAUUCGCGCGUGAAAAUGCCGAAGAUUUUCAAUUCGUUCGCUCCCCGGAACGGAGCUGGGUUUUUGCCUACCGAGCACUGCGGCCGUUAAUGGCUUGCAAAGUUCUCUAUUACGAGGCAACAGGGGUCUUUUUCAGCGAGAAGCACUUCGUCCUUGGCAGCUCCACCUAUGCCCAUGCAUGGCUCCGAAAAAUUGGCCAGAGAAACCAAGUCAACCUUCGAAACAUUCGACUGAAGAUACACAAAGAGUAUACCGGCACAGGAGAUAUCAACUUGAGCGGUAGCCAGUGGAUCGAAGUUCUCAGGAAGGUCGGCCGCUCAGCGCGCAACCUCAAAGUGCUCGGCUUUCAGUUCGAUCACAACGACGACCCGUGGCGGAACACACUACUAGAGGCCUUCUUGCGCAUGAAGAAUUUCCGAAACCUUCAACAAAUCGAUCUUUUCCACCACGUUCCUCCACGGCUUUCGGCCUCUAGAGAGCUCUUGGCCAUGAUGUCCGCAGAGACAGGCUGCCCCCUCGUCCGAUGCUUCCAUCUUGAUGUGGGCUAUGGGACUUGGUGCAAACUUCUUCGGCAGGCCUUCCGUGAUCACGACGGUAAUAUUCAUGUGUCACCAGAUUUUGUGGACUGA